UCAAGGAUGUGGAUCAUUUUCAUCUGUCUGGCUGUUGUAACAGGACAGGGUCUGGCAAACGUCUGGCCUGAUGUGACUGGAUAUGAGGAAGCUUCGUUAGAGAGACCUGAUUUAAAACCAGCAGCCAUUCGUCCCUCAGUUAGUGAUGCAGGAGCAGGCUCAUCAGACUCACAUGUUCCAAGCGAAGGUGCUCCUGAAGGAGACAAAGAGGCAGAGCUUGUGCAGAUGGAAUCAGAGAUGGAAAGUGAUCAGCGAGGAGCGGAGUUCAGAGAUGUGACGCGUGGUAGACGGAGGAGAGGAGCCCGGAGGAGGAGGGAACCUGCCGCUGCGCCGGAGGCCAAUGCCUAUAGAAUAGUGGGUCUGGGGAAACCUCUGAGGGGCUGGGGGAAGCGUGGGAAAGGAGCAGAGGAGAGCAGCGGCCUCAUGGCCGUGCUGAGGGAGCUUCACGCUGAAAAGAGGAGGCUGAUGGAUCAGAGGAAGCCAAAGGAGGAGGAGGAGGAGGAGGACGAUGAUGAUGAUGACGACGACGACGAUGAUGAUGACGAUGAUGACGACGACGACGAUGACGAUGAAGAGGAGGAGGAGGAAGAGGAAGAAGAGGAGGAGGAAGAGGAGGAGGAGGAAAAAGAAGAGGAAGAAGAGGAAGAGGAGGAAGAAGAGGAAGAGGAGGAAGAAGAGGAAGAGGCCACUGAGGCUCCCAGCAACCAAACAGAGGCAAACAGCAACUUCACAGAGUCUCUGCUCAGCGAGUGUCGAACUGCUGAUGGAGAGAUCAGCUGCAGGGGCGUCGGUCUGACUCAGCUGCCAAUCAUCCUCAACCCGGAGGCCUCCCACCUGGACGUCUCAGAGAACAACAUCAAAAGCAUCGCUCCACGCGAUUUCUCCGGUUUGCCAAACCUCAACACGUUGGACCUGAGCUACAACAAACUGGACGAUGACUCAUUCAGCCAAAACCCCCUGUCUAACUUGUCUCUUCUGAAGAAGCUGAACCUGGACGGGAACGAGCUCACCCGGAUCCCUGCGCUGCCGUCGUCCCUGGAGGAGCUCAAGAUGAACAAGAACCGGCUGAGCGCCGUCGGCCCUCGCUGUUUCCAAGGUUUGAUGAACCUGCUGAAUCUGGAGCUGGGGUCCAAUGCUCUUCGCGAGGCCGCGGUGGCACCGCUGGCCUUCAGGCCUCUUCAGAAGCUCCUGCAGCUCCAGCUGGACAACAACUCCUUUGGCUCCGUCCCUCGAGGCCUCCCUCCCUCGCUGCAGACGCUGCGAAUGAAUCGGAACGUCGUCGAGGAGGUGCACGAGGAGGCGCUGAGGAGCUGCGCUCGCCUACGAGCCCUGGAGCUGAGCCACAACCUGCUGCAUGAGCGAGGCAUCGCCACGCACGGAUGGACCCGUCUCACGUCCCUGGAGGCCUUGGACCUGUCCUACAACCGCCUCACCUCAGCCCCCAUGAAUCUGCCCCGUCCUCUGCGCAACCUGAGCCUCCAGCACAACAGCAUCAACCACAUCCCCGCCUUCGCCUUCCGCCACCUGCGGCCCGGCCUGCGCUCCCUCUCCCUGUCCCACAAUGCACUGCGCAGCGAGGGCGUGGAUGGGCCCUCGUUUGUCGGCGCGUAUCGUUCGCUGGAGGAGCUGCUGCUGGACAACAACGUUCUGGAGGCGGUGCCGCGCUGCGUUCGACAGUUCAAGAAGCUGCGGGUGCUCCGACUGGACAACAACCGCAUCAGGGUGCUGGGGCAGUGGGCCGUGUGCCACCCUCGGAACCCGGGUUCCACCCUGGUUUCAGUGCGCUUGGAGAACAAUGUGCUGGAACCAGAGAAGAUCCCUGCUCGGGCCUUUUCCUGCCUCGCUCACAGCCGGGCGCUGGUUCUGCAUCCACAGCAUCCACAGGGCGACGCCAAUGAGCUAUAGGCUGCAGAUAAACACUCACAUUAUUGGCUCUGAUUCCAUCCAGCACAGCAGCUCUGCAUGAAACAUGAUGAAACAGCUCCACUUUCUAUCUAUUGUUGGUAAAACGACUGUCAUUUUGAUAUAUAUUAAAGAAGAUGUUUAAUUUGAG